AUGGAGCAUUCUUUAAGUUUGUCUAAAGUUCGUGGUCAAGGUUAUGAUGGGGCUAGCAACAUGAGGGGUGAAAUAAAUGAAUUGAAAACUUUGGUUAUGAAUGAUAGUCCUUCUGCUUACUACAUACAUUGUUUCGCACAUCGACUUCAAUUGACUCUUGUUGCGGUUGCUAAGGAAAAUGAUGAUUGUAUUUGGCUUUUUGAACAACUUGGUUAUUUGUUGAAUGUUAUUGGAGUUUCUUGUAAGAGUAGAGAAAUGCUUCGAGUAGUUCAAGCUCAAAAAGUUUUGGAGGCAUUAGAAUGUGGUGAAAUUGAAAGUGGGCAAGGUUUGAACCAAGAGCUUGGUUUGGGGAGGCCCGGACAAACUCGAUGGGGGGUACUUGAGAUGAUUGGCAAGAAUCCCUUGUAUGGGGAUGAUCGUGGGAAAGCUCAAGCUAUUAUGGAGAAAUUUGAGUCAUUCGAGUUCAUUUUCAUAACACACUUGAUGCUAGAAAUAUUUGGGUAUACGGAAUUCUUGAGUCAAUCUUUGCAAAGGAAGGACCAAAAUAUUGUUAAUGCUAUGGCUCUUGUUUCUUUGACUAAGGAACGUUUGCAAACGAUGAGAGAUCAUAGAUGGGAGAUUGAAGUUCCCGAUAUGGAUGCAUUGUAUGUUCCGAGUGGAAGAUCAAAACGUUUCUUUGCUAAGGUUACAAAUCUUCAUCGUUUUCGUAUUGAAAUGUUUCUAAGUGUCAUUAUUGAAAUGUUUCUAAGUGUCAUUUAUUUACAACUUCAAGAGCUUAACAAUAGGUUCAAUGAGGUGAAUAUGGAAUUGCUACUUUGUAUGGCUUGCUUGAGUCCCACCAAUUCGUUUGCUCUUUUUGAUGAGAUGAAGUUGAUAAGACUUGCUAAGUUUUAUCCAAGUGAGUUCUCAACCAAUGAUUUGGUAAGUCUUCGGUUUGAGCCUUUUAUUGAUGACAUGCGAAAGGAUAUAAGGUUUCGAGAAGUGAAAGAUCUUGGUGAACUUUCUACCAUGCUCGUUGAAACCGAUAAGCAUACUACUUACAAGCUAGUCUACCUACUUUUAAGGCCAGUAUUAAUUCUUCCUGUGGCAACGGCAAGUGUGGAAAGAGUCUUUUCCUCAAUGACUAUUGUGAAGAGCAAAUUGCGGAAUCGGUUGGGUGAUCAAUUGUUAAAUGAUUGUUUAGUCACAUUUAUUGAGAGAGGUCUUUCUUCUAAAGUUAGUGAUGAAGAUGUAAUAAAUCGUUUCCAAAAUAUGAAAUCUCGUCGGAUGCAAAUAUAA